UUCAAAUCUCAAUCAUUCAGUAAGCCAGUCGACUAUCAGAUAGAGUGGUUGUUGCUCAGAAUCAGCACAAUGCGUCUGCUUUUGCUAUCACUGACACUGCUGGUGUCAGCUGUGCACAGCUAUAAGGUGCUAUUUCUUGUACCGUUUCCUGGACCAAGCCAUUGGUUGAUGCUGAAACAUUUCAUUCGAGAGCUGACCGAACGGGGAAACGAGGUGACGUGCAUCACGAGCUUUAAAUUCGGCGAAACGAUUCAUAACUAUACCGAGGUUUUAAUUGAUCCGGCCUAUCCCAUUCGUGACAAAUUUCCAGUUUCAACCUUUUUUGAAUCGAAAAGCUAUAGCAAUGAUUUCAAAAAUUUAUUCUUCUAUUGGAAAAUGGGAAUAGAAACAAGUCGUCAUGGCUUAGAGAGUCGAAAUGUCCAAACAUUUUUGAAGAGAGAGGACUUACAUUUCGAUUUGAUAGUUUCAGAACAGUUCUUCCAGGAAAGCUGGCUCAUGUUUGCCUACAAGUUUAACGCACCUAUAGUCACGAUUAGCACUUACGGCUAUUCUGACUUUAUGGAUCGUGCUAUGGGCCUUAUAACUCCGUGGUCGGUUGUGCCUCACAUGCUGCUGGAUUAUGAAGAUAAUAUGAACUUUUUCCAACGUUCUUAUAAUUUAUUUAUAUCUACGUUUGAUUACGUCGUCCGAGAAUACUACUACCUUCCAAAGCAGAACGAAAUUGUGAAAAAGUGUUUUGGUGAUCUGAAUCAACAACGGGGUUCGUUGCCAUCUGUGCAGUCCUUGGAGAAAUACAUUUCUGUUAUUCUCGUUAAUAGUCAUCCUUUUUUGGCCAAGCCACGACCUUCCAAGGUUGGUCUUGUAAACGUUGCAGGUGCUCAUAUUCGUGCAAACAAACCACUCCCUGGUGAUCUGAAACAAUUCAUGGAUGGAGCUGAGCAUGGAGUAAUUUAUUUUUCGCUUGGUGCGUACCUCCAAAGUUCGCUAAUACCCAUCGAAAAGCGCAACGCAUUGCUGAGGGUGUUUUCAAAACUAAAGCAACGAGUUGUAUGGAAGUUUGAAACGAAUAACCUGGAUAAUGUACCAACCAACGUUAUGAUUCGCAAUUGGGCACCGCAGAAUGAUAUUCUGGCCCAUAAGAACGUGAUCCUAUUUAUUUCGCACGGCGGUCAAUUUGGAACAUUUGAGUCGAUGCACCAUGGGGUCCCAACGCUGUUUAUGCCAUUCUACGGAGAUCAACACAGAAAUGCAAUCCGAGCCGUUCGCAGUGGGUACGCGCGAAAAACUCUAUUCGUUGACUUGACCGAGGAAACGUUUAUGAGUGAGAUAAGCCAAAUGGUCAAUGGAAAGAAGUACUACAAACGAGCGAAAGAAAUCUCCACCUUGUUCCGGGAUACAAUUGUGGAUCCGAUGAACGAAUCAAUGUUCUGGAUGGACUAUGUGGUUCGCCACAACGGUGCUGCCCAUCUGAAGUCAAGUGCGGUUAAUCUCUCAGUAGUGCAAUAUUUGUUGCUGGAUGUACUUGGUCUUGUGGUGCUUUUAAUUUUAAUGGUGAUCGGUGUCGUAAGAUUGUUCUGCUGUUCGCAAGUGAGAAAGGCCAGUAUAAAGCAAAAAAAGCAUUGAACUAAUAUGAUAACUUAAGGUGCUAGAAAAAUGUUAUGUAAGGAGAAAUUCUUAGUGAAUCAGCAGCACGUACGUUUCGUGUGUAUUAUUAAACGAUAGCAUAUUAUUACCAAAAUGUGGUUGUGUUCUGUGGUAGCCAAUGUAAAUUAUCUUUUCUUAUAGCUGUGAUUGGAAAUAAAUGCCUUUUGUUUGAAUUGA